AUGGGACCCCUUACUAGGAUCUCCCUGGCCGUUCUCGCCAUCUGUUUUAUGGUCUUUGUCGCUUUUUUCGGCAGACUACCGGCUCUAAGACAUACUCCGAUAGCCUGGCUGCAUCGCGCAAUAUGGGUGUAUAUACCAAAUACUAUUCUAAGCCUUGACCAGCGCCUCACUUCAGGCCGUCUCACCACGACGUUGGGUAGAUUUGGCACUUAUGUCAUGUACGACCGACACCCAACAGUGCUCAUUUUCUUCAUAUUGCUACUAUCCGUGGGCGAGUUUAUGUUUCUACCAGGAGUAUGGCCGCGCUUAAGCCCCCUUCAUAAGACCCUAGGAAGCAUAUCCAUUAUCUUACCGUACCUGUUCUUAUACCUUUCCGCGGCUGGCGAUCCGGGUAUCGUUACCCCCGCUAAUCACUCCCGUUACAUGUCGCACUACCCGUACGAUUUUGCGCUUUUCCGGCCGGGUCAAACGUGCCGAACAUGUGGGCUAUUGAAGCCCGCCCGCUCUAAGCACUGCUCCGUCUGCAAACGUUGUGUUCACAAGAUGGACCACCACUGUGUCUUCAUUAACAACUGCGUCGGCUACGGUAAUCAGCAUUAUUUCAUCCUCCUACUUCUAUCAACCGCCGUCCUAACUUUGUAUGGCGGUAUUCUCGGCCUUGGUGCAGUCGCCGACGCAGCGCGCAUGCGCAAUAAGUCGUUCGUGAUGUUCCCGAAACCAGCAAGUUGGUCCUGGCACGAAUAUUUAAUGGUUCUCACCGUAGGCAUCCAGGACGACGUGGGCGUAGGGUCCAUCACGCUACUCUCGCUGAUGACGACACCUCUGGUUUGGGGCCUUCUUGGAUAUCACAUCUAUCUGAUUUAUUGCGGCACAACUACUAACGAGAGCAUGAAAUGGCAGGACUGGCAAAUGGAGAUGGACGAUGGUUGCGCGUUCAAGCGUUCUCUGUCACUUGACCGUGAUAAAAACCCGCGUCACGAGGCAGCCUGGACGCGAUGGCCCGUCGACGCAGUCCAGGUAAUCGUACGCACAGAGGACGGCACGCCGCCGGAUCCGAACAUACCUAAUGGCGUCGGCGAGUGGGAACGUAUCUGGCGCUUGCGCGAUGUUGAGAAUUUGUACGACCUCGGCUUUUGGGAUAACCUAGUCGACGUCUUCGUGCCCAACUACUCUUUUCGACGGGUAGAUGUCUCAGCGGCAGAUCUGGAGAGGGGUAAGAGGAGGACCAAGAAGCCUCCUAAAGCCCCGCGAGCAUCGAAUUUCGUAGCUGCCGCUACGUAA